GCUGAUAAAGAUUGUGAAGUUCGCGAAAGCCCCGAUGGAUCUCUACCGCCGCCCACAGUGGAAUCUGUAUGUGACUCAAACAUACCGACUACGGUCACCCACCACACACAGGUGAUGAGUGCAAAAUCCGAGCACUCACAGAGGCGACCGAUAGGUCGUGUACCGGCACCCUUCCUUAGGCGUCGUCAAGGUAUAUCCGCAUGGUGUAGCAAAAUUCGAAGGCAAGGUUUGCCCGUGUCAGAGCCGGCCGAGGAGUUACGCAAGCGCCACAACAGUAAUACUUUGAUUCUACCAUCUCGAGCCUCCUCGGUUGCGUCUGCACGGCUCAAGGACCACAGUUUGGUGUCACGUGAUGCAUCGGAAUUACAUCCAACACAGCAAACAGCGCUGGGCGAUGAGUGUCAUAAUGAUGCAGGAGACCUAGCAGAAUUCGAAUAUUUAGAAGAAAUCGCAGAGAACUCUUCGUUCUCUAGUCUAACCACUUCUUUUGUCGCGAAAUUAGGAAAGACAAGCCUUAAAGAUCGACUGAAACGAGCUGAAGAAAAGCUAGGGAAAAUAUCACUGAACGAUACGAAAAACUGCGCCGAACACCUAUCCGAAUCAUGCGACCAAAAUGCGUCGGUUCCAGAAACAGUUACACGACAAGCUAUCAGUCCCGAUCGCUUGCCAGAGCGCAGUAUUCUAGCUGUCUUAGAUAAACACCGAUCACGCCGUAAUUCUGAACAACUGAGUUUAGGCGCUGAUCGAACCGUGGACGGUAUACUGGCCGAGAAUAGAGGUCGCAAAGUUGCCCGAUUUCAGUUUGUGCGGGAACAAUCUCUAUCGAGAGAGGACAGAUCUUUUGAAAGCGAUGCAGGCGAUACGCACGCUCCUGAUCAUGAAAUUUUACCGGAUGGGGGUGAAGGUAAAAUACCGCAACAAGAAGACGCUGUUCGUGGUUCCGUUGACUUCGAUGAUGGUAAUUCAUGGACCUGCAGUGCAUCCGAUUUGAACGAGGUUGUGGAUCGUCCCAAGGUUUCUUCUGCUCAGGAUUUAUCUAUGACAAGUGUUUCCCAUGCUGGCACCACACGAAACUUCGAAUCGCAACAGAAGAACUCUGAAUCACUCGAUCGGGACUUACUGUCGCGUCGUGGAAGGCGAUCAUCUUCCCGAUCACCCUGUACAGGAAGCAGUAUAGCAAAAUCCAGAGAUCACCUGAAUGAGUUUCAACCAACAAGACGUAAUUCUUCGCGUCCUUUAAGCGCCAACACACACAUGGGCUCCCGGUCCAGUUGCGCUGCUCGCAUUGGCGAGUCCUCUUAUGAAGAUGAGCUGGUCAACCUGGCGGAUGAUUUUGUGGACCAAUUGAAACGCGACCCGCCAGCUUCUGGUCGAUCAGCUGUCAAUACACAAACAGUUUUGCGACAGUGGGUCUCGCGCUUGGAGGCUGAAGUAAGACGAUUCAGAAUGGAAAAUGCCACUCUGCUUAAAAUGCGUUCAGAACGAGAUGAGAGCCUGCGUCGUUUGGAGGUGGAGACAAAGCGAUUCGAAGAGUUCAAAGCUCGAGAAGUCCGUUUGUUCACGGAGAUGAAAGAAAAUGAAAUGCGCAAGUUAAAGUGA